AUGACAUAUGAUGAAGCCAGUGCAUAUUGUCAGCGGGACUAUGCACAUCUCCUGGCGACUCAGAGCAAGGAAGAGAUCAAAUACCUUAACUCCAGUCUCACCUAUUCACCAACGUACUACUGGAUUGGAAUCAGAAAAGUCAAUAACAUAUGGGUCUGGGUGGGGACCCAGAAGCCUCUGACGGAGGAAGCUAGGAACUGGGCACCAGGUGAACCAAACAACAUGCAAAGAAAUGAGGACUGUGUGGAGAUCUACAUCCAACGACCCAUAGACUCGGGCAUGUGGAAUGAUGAGAGAUGUGACAAAAAGAAACUGGCUCUGUGCUACACAGCUUCGUGUACCAAUACAUCCUGCAGUGGUCAUGGUGAAUGUGUAGAGACCAUCAAUAGUUACACCUGCAAGUGCCACCCCGGCUUCUUGGGACCUAACUGUGAGCAAACUGUGACCUGUGAAGCACAGGAACCACCUGACCAUGGAAACCUGACCUGCACCCACCCAUUUGGCCUCUUAAGCUACAAUGCCUCCUGCUCCCUUGGCUGUGAAAGGGGCUACCUGCCCAGCAGCACUGAGACCACAGUGAGGUGUAUGUCCUCUGGAGAGUGGAGUGCGCCUGCUCCAGCCUGCCAUGUGGUUGAAUGUGAAGCUUUGACUGACCCUGCCCACGGAGUCAGGAAGUGUUCCUCAAAUCCUGGGAGCUAUCCAUGGAACAUGAUGUGCACGUUUCACUGUGAGGAAGGGUACAAGCUUGUUGGAGCUCAGAAUUUACAGUGCAUGUCAUCGAGCAUGUGGGACAAUGAGACACCAUCAUGCAAAGCUGUGACUUGUGACGUCAUCUCUCAGCCUCAGAAUGGCUCUGUGAGCUGCAGCAACUCAACAGCUGGAGAACUUGCCUUUAAGUCAUCCUGCAACUUCACUUGUGACCAAAGUUUCACGUUGCAGGGGUCAGCCCAAGUUGAAUGCAAUGCACAAGGGCAGUGGACACCACAAAUCCCAGUGUGCAAAGGUGAGUAA